UUUUGAUAAGCGAUAAGAUACAAAACGCACACUACAAAUUGAUUAUUACUUAUAAAUAAUUUUUUUUACACUUUAUCGAUAUUCAUUGUUUGAGAUAGUUCCUUAAAAAAAAGUUCCAGUGCAUAUUCUUUAUAGAUUAGUUGAAGACCAAGGAAAAUGAUAAACAAAUGGAUAAAAAUAUUUCUCCUAAUUUUUUUGACAACAUUUGUGGUAGAUGCAAACAGUAUUAACUUUGAAAGCAAUGGAACAUCUCAGGGUAGAAUCAAAUUUAUAGAUUAUCGUUUGCCCAGAUCAAUAAGACCAUCGAAUUAUGAAAUUACGUUAAACUUUUCACCGGAACUUUCUUUUCGUGGCUCAGUAAAAAUUAAAGCCACAGUUCAAGAGAAUACGAAUAAAAUUGUCUUACACUAUGGAAAAUUAAAUAUCAUAGGUGUUUCGGUUUUACAUAAAAAAAAGCAAUUGAUAAUACAAAGUACAGACUAUAAUCCUAUUACUGAAAAAUAUUCAAUUGUAUUGAAAAAUGUUCUUUCAAAAGAAAUGGAAAUUUUAGUGGCUAUCGUAUACACCGGUGAAGCUCACGAUGAUCUUAGAGGAUUUUAUAAAAUGACGUACUUUAAUAAGAAAGGAGCGGAAAAACAAAUGGCAGCAACUCAAUUUAGCCCAAUUUUUGCAAGACACGCCUUUCCCUGUUUCGAUGAGCCAGCUUUUAAGGCACUUUUCAAGAUUCGCAUUCGAAGGCCACUUAAUUACAUUGCUCUGAGCAAUAUGCCACUAAGCAGAACAAAAACCAUGGCAACAAGUCAAAUAGACAUUUUCGAAGAAAGUGUUAAAAUGUCAACAUAUUUGGUUGGUUUUGUGAUUGGCGAUUUGAGCGCAACAAGUAAAGACAGGAUCAAAGUUUGGACCAGAGAAGAUGUAAAAGAUCAAACACAAUAUGCCCAAAAUGUAUCAAAAAGUAUUUUGGAAACUCUAGAAUCGCUAUUCAAGCAGCCCUUUCAAAUUAGUAAACUGGACUUGGUUGCUUUACCUCAAAUGUAUUUUACCGCAAUGGAAAAUUGGGGCUUGAUAACUUUUAGAGAAUCGGCUCUUCUCUACGAUAAAAAGGAUUCUUCUGUUGACGUGCAAAAAACUGUGGCUGAAACAAUAGCACACGAAUGUACUCACAUGUGGUUUGGAAAUUUAGUAACGCCAGAUUGGUGGGGAUACUUAUGGCUCAAAGAAGCUUUUGCUGGUUAUUAUGAGUCCAGAGCUAUUGAUAUGAUUGAACCAAUGUGGAGGAUGAAAGAACAAAUUUUACUUAAUCAUCAAAAUGCACUACUUGUUGAUUCUCUUCCAUUAACAAAGCCCAUUAGUAGAAAUGUUGAUAGUCCUGCAGAAGUAAUGGACAUGUUUGAUCGAAUUAGUUAUAAGAAAGGAUUGAGUAUUAUUCGAAUGAUGGAUUUAUCUUUCGGAACAGAAAAUCUUGAUUCCGCUUUAUUGUUAUAUCUUCAAUCGAAGAGAAACAAGAGUAGUAAACCAGAGGAUUUAUUUGCAAGUUUGCAAUUGAAAGUUAAUCCUAAUCGUGCUUCUGUAGAGACAAUAAUGAAUUCAUGGACUGAACAAUCCGGUUAUCCAGUUCUAUCCGUUACUGUUAAUAAGAAUCAUGCAAAAUUGAGUCAAAGACCAUUUUCUCUGGAAAAAGAAAAUACGAAUUUCGAAUUAAAUAAAAAAUGGUGGCUUCCAAUCAGUUGGAUCACAAAGUCAACACCAUCAUCUGUUGUUACUAUUGACAGGUGGAUCAAUGCUGAUAAAAAUGUCUUACUCGAUAAACAAGAAGACGACUGGGUUAUUUUUAAUGUUCAAGCUGCAGGUUUCUAUCGCGUCAAUUACGACACACUUUCGUGGCAAAAAAUAAUUCAAGCAUUAAAUGGACAUGAUUUUACGAAUGUUCCUACAAUAAAUAGAGCAGCUAUUAUUGAUGAUUUAUUGAACCUUGCCAGGGCAAAUUUGGUUGAUUAUACUCUGGCGUUUGAGGGACUAAAUUACUUGAAACAAGAAACAAAUUAUUUACCAUUUAAAACUGCCUUCAAUGCACUAGAUCAUCUCACUAGAAAGUUGUCAGGUCAACAAGAAUUUUCCCUUUAUACUAAAUAUUUGACGAGACUUUUAAAAAAUAUUCACUUAAAAGUUGGUUUCAAUGAUAAAAGAGCUGAUGACAUGACCGCAAUGUUAUUACGUAGGGAAUUGAAUUGGAUGUUAUGUAAUUUGGAUCACCAAGAUUGUGUCCAAAAAUCAUUAAAUUCAUUUGACAAGUGGAAGAAUGGUGUCAAUGCUAGGGUUCCCAGGAAUUUGAAAACCGUCGUCUAUGCAACAGCAAUUAAAAAAGGCAGUGCAGAUAAUUGGCAGUUUUUAUGGAACAAAUACAAUGAGACGAACAUUGUUUCUGAACAAAUGGAAAUAUUCAAUGCUCUCUCGUGUUCACCAAAUUCUGAAAUAUUGGAUAAACAUCUUCGUUCAUUUUUAUUCAAGUCCAGUAAUCACAGAAUGUAUCAACGGAAAUUGAAUGACUUUUUCAGCUCCAUAUUAUCAUGCAGUUUAUUUGGAACUGAAUUUGUAGUGGACUUUAUUGACAAUAAUUAUCAAGAAAUAUUAAAAUUCAAUGGAAAUAAUGUGGAACAAAUUUCAUCUAUUUUAUUACAAGUGUCUGAAUAUUUAUCAACUCAAACGUUAAUCGAUAAAUUUGAAGCAAUUAUUCAGUCACAUUAUAUUGAUUUUCAACCAGUAAUAUUUUCAUUAAACAAGAAACUGGAAUUUGCCAAGCAAGACUUUAAAAUGUAUCUACAAAAUUCAAGAAAAAUUAUGAACUGGUUAAAAUAUGAUAAUGAUAAGUCAUAUUCAGAGAAUGUAAAUUAUAUUAUAAGUGAAUAAAGUGAAAUAUUUUUUAUUGUCUA